AUGGCAAAUUAUCAUCCACCAUCAAAGUGUAAAAAAUUUGAUGAACAAACAUUGAAUGAUAUAAUUUUAUCAAUUUUUAAAAAAUCAUUCCGUCAUGGAAUACCAGCACUGGUAUGGAUGAAUCGAGAAAUUAUGAUUACUUUAAUUCACCAUGCAAUUGAGCUUAUUGAUAGAAGUGAUUCAAUGUUUAUUGUUGUAUUGGAUGAAGCAUUAGAGCGAAAGUCAAUAUUUGUUGUUGGUAGCAUCGAUGGUGAUUUAACAUAUUUAAUGACAUUAUUAAAACAAUACAAAAUGCCGCCAACAUCAUAUUUCAUCUUUCUUGGUGAUUAUUUAGACUGUUUUAAUCCAUCACGAAUUGAUGCAUUGCUAUUAUUACUAAGCCUGAAAUUACGAUUUCCACGAAAUAUUUGUCUUUUUCGUGGCCAUUAUGAGACAUUUGAAAUGUGUAAAGCAAUUGGUUUUGAUAAAAUAAUUAAUGAUGAACGAUUAUUACAAAGUUUUUUUUUACUCUUUGAAUAUUUACCUAUCGUUGGAAUAUUUGGUAAAUUUUUAUGUCUUCAUGCUGGUAUUUCAACAUUUAUGACCGAUGAUUCAUUUCUUCAUGCAUUUGUAAAGCCAAUUGAAGUAAAACGAAUGACUGUACGAGAACGAACCGUUUUAACGGAUAUCCUAUACGGUAAACCGGAUAAGAAUUUACCUACAUUAUUUGCUCCAUCAAAUAGCUAUCCAAUUGGAAAUCGUUUUAACCAGGAAGCAUUAAAUGAAAUACUUAAUAUAUUUGAAUGCAAAAGAUUAAUUCGUGGUUGUGGUUGUCGAGAAUCAAAUAGUGCAAAAUUUGAUUUUGAUAAUAGAAAAUGCAUUACCAUUGUUUCAGGUUGUAGCAGCAAACAUACAAGCUGUGAAAGAAGUUUAAUUCAAAUACAUCGAUAUGGUCAAUUUGUAAUAUUAAAUAUUGAUAAAGAUAUUGGUUGGAAUUUGAAAUGUAAACAUUAUUUCAAACGAUCAUUAGAAACUUUCAUCUGUUAUUGCACUGAAUUAUUUCAAUCAACGCCAUAUGAUUAUCAAUUUGAUUUAUCAGUGAAAUGUGUCGCAUGCGGAUGGAUUGCUCAGGGAAAGAAACCUGAAAAUGUUACUAUAUCACAUGCAUUACUGAAGAGUUUUGUUGAAGAAAUGAUUUAUCCUCAUAAGCUUCAUAAUCAUUUUUUACUUGAUCCACGAUUGGAACAAUAUAUGCAUGUUGAAUUAUUUCCAUUAUGUCAAGAUUUCUAUUAUCAUGGCUUGGAGCAAUUGACAAUAUCAUUUCCAAGCAUUAAUGAAUAUCCGUUUAUUAAAUCACCGAUGAUUAAAUGGAAUGAAGAAAUGCUUGAAACAGUUAGCAAGAUGAUCGAGUCAAAUUAUAAAACGAGUCAAAACAAGUCAUAUGUGUAUAUUAAUCGUAUCAUACGACCUGGUUAUGACUUAGAACCAAAUAAAGAGCCAAUUGGUGAUGAAAUUGAACAUUUUCAUAAGCUAGAUUUACAACGUUUACGUCAAUUGCAACAUUGGUUACGUACCAUUUUUGCACCACGUUUAUCAUACAAAUAUCGCAUAGAACGAUUAUCCAAUGAGAAUGUUAAUUGA